AUGAUUGUCCGCGGGCACGAAGUGUUCUCACCCAUCCUUCGGGUUGGGGAAUUGAUUAGUGCGGCUAUCGUUACAGGCAUCAUAUCUCGCUAUUUACAACUUGUCGAUCGAGCCAAUGGACCCCAUUCGGGCCGAAUUAUAUACUCCCUAGUGAUUGCGUGCAUCACUCUUCUAUACUCUAUCCUAUUAUUGAUCCCAUUCCACGCGACUUUCUAUUUCUUCGUGCUGGAUUUUGUCAUGUUCAUAUGUUGGAUGGUCGCCUUUGGAUUGAUGGCCAAUCUGACGGCGUCCCACGGAUGUGAUUCUUACUGGAUCUGGCAUGACUGGGGCUACUACUGGGGAGAAUGGUACCAUGUCCUUCCGCUGAAUGAAGCAAAUGCGGUUCUCGUCAACACCACCUAUUGCCCGCGAUGGCGCACAAACUUGGCAUUUGCCUUCAUAGCUGGUAUCCUAAGUCUCCUAAAUCUAGUCAAUGCGAGUCUGCGUUUCCAAAAGCGUGAGGUGAUAUGCUAUAUGAUAUGCACCUUUCGCGAUAUUCUUCUCUUGGGGCUGCCUACAUUCAGAAUCAAUUCGAUCAUUGUUCAAGGGAAGCCGCAGGAUCCUGUGGGGCUGAAUUUCUGGCUACUUGGAGGGGGAAUGGGCUGCUUAGCAGCUGCAGUUCACUUAAUUCACGAAGCGGAGGUUCCAGGCUCGCAUAUUUUUAUUGUGGAAUCAGAAGAAGAAUUUACCCACAGUAGUAGUACGUACGGUAACGCUCAGUUUGGCUACACUAUUCACGCAGGGCUGCAACCAUGCUUUCAGGAACCGUGUGUGAAAAAUCUACUUUCAUUUGUGCCUCGCCCUUCGCACCCUGGCGAGACCUUGUUCGAUAUACUCAAAGAAGACAAGAGAGAAUGCCCGUCACAUCCAGAUGCAUGGACUCGAGUCGUUGGUCCGGACAAGUCAGGCCCUAAGCCGUUGGAUACCAGAAAAUGGGCCAUGCGCCUGAAAGAUCGACUGGAUGUCGCAAGAGUCAUGAUGGAAAGUGAGGAAAGUCUGGGCGAUAAGAGUAUCAGACAAGUAUUCGACACUGAGUUCUUUGACUCGAAAUUCUGGGUACUCUGGUCAACUACAUUUGCAAUGCAGUCAUGGCAUAGCGCUUCUGAGUUCAGGAGACAUCUUUUAAAAUACUUGCAAGAUGUCCAGCAACUAAACACUGCACCUAUAUUUGGGCAAGUGCAGUAUACCUUCCAGGAAUCUAUCAUAUUCCCAAUCGUGGAACACCUCAGAGUGGAAGGUGUCCAAUUUAUCCAGUCUACCGGAAGUGGCGUGUCCUUUCGUACUGACGAAAACGGUCAUCUCAUACCAUCAUCUUUGACACUGCGUUCCGAGGACCACGGAGAAACGAACACAAUGACUCUAUAUCCAAGGGACCGUGUCAUUGCCAACAUUGGACCGUCCCGAUCGAAGGCGGUGUUGGGCUCAAAUAUAACGGCUCCUGCACAUUCUCCUGUUAUUCCGAAAGGAAAACUCGACGAAGGCCCAUGGGCUUUGUGGGAUGGAAUCUCACAGCAAGGUCGCCAAUUUGGAAACCCCCUGAACUUCCACUCCCGCCUUUCCGAGACAAGACUUGUUACGUUCACUAUCACCUUAAAAGACCCCUUAUUCUUAGAGCUAUAUACCCAUUUAACCAACAAUCAACCAGGAGAUGGAGCAUUGAUGGCUCUUGCUGGGAGCAGCUGGAAGCUAACAUUAAAUGUCCCGCGGCAGCCGGUAUUUCCAGGCCAGCCUGAUAAUGUUCAAGUUGUCUGGGGAUAUGGCCUCACAUCAGAACGAGAAGGCGACUAUAUCCGGAAGCCCAUGACAGCAUGCAGUGGAGAGGAUAUCAUGUUUGAGCUUUUAUCACAUCUUCAGUUCUCGCACGAGCCAAUCCUCUCGAAUGCCAUUGUCAUCCCAUGUAUUAUACCAUACGCAACAUCGUCCAUGGUAACCCGGUCACCAGGCGACCGACCCCAGGUAAUACCCGACAAGACAAUGAACUUUGCGGCUGUUGGUCAGUUCACUGAAUUGCCGUGCGAUACAACUUUUGCCAUGGACUAUACAGUCCGCAGUGCUCAGAUGGCAGUAUAUAAGCUGAUGGGGCUACGGAAAGAGCCACCAGAGCUCAGAAAGAAUCAUUUCAUGGAGAUAUUCGACUUUUUGAAAUAG